UCGUUUUGUAUGCAUGUAAACUUUGGUUUACAUUCUAAAUUUUACAAUGUUUACAUUAUCCUAUUCUUACAAAACUAUCUUAUAAAAAUAUACAUUUUAUUAUUAUAUUAUAUCAUUGGAUUUAUUUGGUCUUACCGUUUGUCGCAGCACUAAUAUAAACGUAAUUUUAAGUCUUAAAAUUUAAUUAAAAUACAUACAGAUGUAUACAUAUGUAUACAUAUACUCGUAUACAUGUAUACAUAUUUACAUUAUUUUAAAUCCGUGUGUAACACAAUAUGUAUGUGAAGAAAAAAAGAUGUGGUCCGCUCUAUGUAUACAUAUAUGAGUGUUGUUACACACAUUAAGCAUACUAGUAAUGUAUAUAUACAUAGUCAUUGAAUACAUGUAAUUUGGCGGCAAUGCGAAAGAUGCGAACACGUCUAAUGUAAUAACUCAACUAUUUCAAUGAUUGUUUGGUGUUUUUGCUAAAAGUUAAAUAUGGGUAUUACCGGAUUACUUCCUUUCUUAGAAAAAUCUUCAAAAAGAACAGAUAUUGGCCAGUUCGCUGGUGGUAUUGUUGCUAUUGACUCUUAUUGUUGGUUGCAUAAAGGUGUUUUUUCGUGUGCUGACAAAUUGUUUAUGGGACAACCGACAGACGCAUAUGUUCAUUAUUGUAUGAAAUUGAUAUACAUGUUACUUAGUCAUAAAAUUAAACCAAUUCUUGUGUUCGACGGACGACAUUUACCUGCAAAAGCGCAAACUGAAAAUAAACGACGAGAAGCCAGACAAAAGAAUCGUAGAAAAGCUAUUGAGUUAAUAAAAAUGGGACACGAUGCUGAAGGAAGAAAUUUAUUAAGAAGAUCUAUAGAUAUUACACAUGAAAUGGCUUUAGAAUUAAUUAAACAAUGCCAAAAAAUAAAUGUUGAUUGCAUUGUUGCACCGUAUGAAGCAGAUGCACAAUUGGCAUAUUUAAACAUUAGUGGAAUUGCUGAUGUUGUUAUUACAGAAGAUAGUGACUUAAUAUUGUUUGGUUGCAAGAAGGUGUUUUUUAAAAUGGAUAUAAAUGGUGAUGGUCUUUUGGUAGAGCAAGAACGUUUGCAUCUUUCCAUGGGUCUGCGAGCAGAACAUUUUAGUUUGGACAGUUUUCGUUAUAUGUGCAUUUUGUCAGGCUGUGAUUAUUUGUCUUCCCUCCCCGGUAUCGGAUUGAAUAAAGCAAAAAGGUUUAUUAUGCUAAAUACAGACUGUGAUAUAUACAGAGCUUUAACUCACUUGGGAUCUUACUUGAAGAUGAAAUCACUAGUUGUAACUAAAGAAUAUAGAGAUGCAUUUAUAUUGGCGGAUAUUACUUUUAAACAUCAAUUAGUAUUUUGUCCUUUGCAAAGAAAACAAGUUCGCUUGAAUCCACCUUCACCUGACACAACAGAGGAGCAAUUAUAUUAUGCUGGCGUAGAAACAAAUCCAGACGAUGCAUUACAACUUGCUUUAGGAAACUGUGAUCCAUUUUCUUUAGAAGUGCUUCACAAUUUUGAUCCUGAUAAGGUGGAGAAUCAAAAUGAAUCUAAUGCAUGGAAUCAAAAAUCAAUACAACAUGAUCAUGCUAGUAUUUGGUCAGAACAGUACCAAUUAAAAGAUAAUUUAAUCAAAAAGUCUCCUCGCAAUAAAGAUCUAAUGCCUCAACAGAAAACUGUCAAUAAGCAGAUGAUUCUCCAAACAAAUCAUCUGAGAAAAUCUCUUUUAGUACGGCAGAAAGAUCAUUCCGAGUGUACAGAAUUGAAUCAAAAUGAGAUCUUAAAUAUGUAUGAAUCGCAGGAUGCUAACAUCGGAAAUAAUUUAGAAGUAAACUUAUCGUCUCUCAGUGAAGAAGAAACAUCUCCUAUUUUAAUUAGACGAACUAAUCCUUUUUUCGCGCAGACGUCCACUAAUAAAACUUCUCCGAGUCUUUUGUUUUCAAGUAGGAGUCGUAUGAAGAGAAGAAAUAUGAUGCCUGUUAGAAGAACAAUUAUAAAUGAAAACGUUAUUACAAAAAGUAAAUUUUUUGUUAACACAAGUGUCAAGAGUGAUAGUAAUACUAUAAUAGAAGAUGAUACAUUAUAUUCAUGUGUAAGUUUAAAUGAAAUUUAACAAGGAGAAAGAAAUACGACGACUGAAAAAAUU